AUGGAAGGCCAAAACAAUCCUCAGACAACCAGCAGUGGCAUGGAGCCCCCGAGAAACGCCAUGAGGUCCAGGGAGCUAUGGAAGGGAAAGCCUGACUUCCUCCUGUCUGUGAUAGGGUACGCAGUGGACUUGGGAAAUGUGUGGCGCUUCCCGUAUAUCUGCUACCAAAAUGGAGGAGGUGCAUUUCUGGUGCCAUACCUGCUGAUGGCUGUGUUCGGAGGAGUUCCCCUGUUCUACAUGGAGUUGGCACUUGGCCAGUUCUACCGCACGGGCUGCAUCUCCAUCUGGGCACACAUCUGUCCCAUCUUCAAAGGUAUCGGCUACGCCAUCUGUGUCAUUGCUUUGUACACAGCGUUCUACUACAACACCAUCAUGGCCUGGGCCUUGCACUACCUGCUAUCUUCCUUCCACUCCACACUGCCCUGGACCACAUGUGACAACCCCUGGAACACGCCCCUCUGUGCGCUCUACAGCCCUGGGGAGACCAACAACACCUGGACCAACACAUCCACCUCCCCUGCAGAGGAAUACUACCUACGUCAUGUGCUGCAGGUACACCAGUCCUCCGGGCUUAAUCACCUGGGCUCAGUCAACUGGCGUCUGGCUCUCUGUCUGCUCCUCAUCUUCACCGUGGUCUACUUCAGCAUCUGGAGGGGCAUCGGCACCUCAGGCAAGGUGGUGUGGGUCACAGCCACCCUGCCCUACCUGGUCCUGUUUGUGAUGCUCAUCAGGGGAGUCACCCUCCCGGGGGCCUGGAACGGGGUCCUCUACUACCUCAAGCCUGAUUGGACCAGACUACUCAACUCAAAGGUGUGGGUGGAUGCAGCUGCACAGAUUCUCUUCUCCCUGGGUCCUGGGUUUGGGGUUCUAAUGGCACUUGCCAGCUACAAUAAUUUCCACAACAAUUGCUACAGGGAUGCCCUGGUUAGCAGUGGGGUGAACUGUUUGACCAGUUUCCUGUCUGGCUUUGUCAUCUUCACUGUCCUGGGUUACAUGGCUGAACUGAGAAAACAGGACAUUGAGACCGUAGCCAAGGACAUAGGUCCUAGUCUUCUCUUCAUCACAUACACUGAGGCCCUUGCCACCAUGCCAGCAUCGUCUUUCUUCUCCUUCAUCUUCUUUCUCAUGAUCAUUGCUCUUGGACUUGACAGCACGCUUGCAGGUCUGGAGGGGGUGGUCACUGCAGUGUUAGAUGAGUUCCCUCGUGUCCUGUUGAGAAGGAGAGAAUGGUUUGUCCUGGGCUUAGUGUUCCUCUGCUACGUGGGUUCACUCACCACCGUGGUGUAUGGAGGAGCGUAUGUGGUGAAGUUGUUUGAAGAGUUUGCCACUGGUCCUGCUAUUAUCACUGUAGUGUUCCUGGAAGUGAUAGCUGUUUCCUGGUUCUAUGGUGUGUCUCGGUUCUGUGGAAAUGUGCAGCUGAUGCUGGGGUUCUUCCCUGGCUUGUUUUGGAGGAUGUGCUGGAUGGUGCUCAGUCCCUGUUUCCUACUGUUCAUCAUCAUCAGUUUCCUGUCAGUUGCCCCAGAGCUCAAACUCUUUCAGUAUCUCUAUCCGCCAUGGACUACAGUACUUGGGUACGGCAUGGGACUCUCCUCUUUCAUCUGUGUUCCUGCAUACAUGACCUUCUACUUCCUCUGUACUUCUGGCACCUGCAAACAGCGCUUGUUGCAAAGCAUCACCCCGCAACGUAUGAUACAUGCAGAAGACACUCCGGUGAUACAGCUGUGA